AUGUUCCGCAUCGCAAUAAUAGGAGGCGGCAUCGGCGGCCUUUUCACAGCGCUAUGCAUCCACCACCGCGCAUCCCAAGUCCAAAUCCAAAUCGACAUCUACGAGCAAGCUCCCGAGUACAAAGAAAUCGGCGCCGGAGUCGGCAUCGGACCUAACGCCGUAGAACUAAUACGCAAGAUCGGACUUCUAGACGAAACGAAGAGGAUCGCCGGCGACCGCAGUGGAAUCUGGCUUUCGUUUCGGCGGUAUGACACCGGUGAGGAGGUUCUUACGGUCAACACACCCAAGGAGGGGAAUACGACGCAGCUGCCGAUGCAUCGGGCGGAGUUCUUGGAGGUUCUUGUGCAGGCGGUUAGGAGGCGCGGUGCGGCGGUGCUGCAUACGGAUAAGAGGUGUAGAGGGCUUGAGGAUCGAGGGAAUGAAAUGGUGGUAUCCUUCGAGGACGGGACAUCAGCAACUGCGAACUUGGUGAUUGGUGCAGAUGGCAUCCAUUCGGCUGUUCGAUCUCAUUAUGUGCGAGAUACUGCCCAAUACGGCGGAAUGGUCGUCUAUCGCGGACUGUGUGAUAUCGAAAAGAUCAAAGACAAAUGGCCGAUUUCCACAUACGCUGCACUGUUCAUGGCCCCUGGCAGACAUUUUCUCACGUUCCCAAUCAGCAGCAACAGGAUCCUCAACGUCGUGGGGUUUGUGUCGACACCUUUUGAGAAGCUUGGAGAUGUAAGAGAGAGUUGGACGCUGGCAGGGGAAAGGAAGGAGAUCGAGGAGGAAUUCAAAGAGUUUGCACCUGCAGUCCAAGAAGUUAUCCAGAACAUGGAUACAAACCCGUUGAAAUGGAUUCUGUUCGACCGGAAAUCGUCUCCGCAAUGGAUCUUUGCAAAGGGGAAAGUGGCUUUACUAGGUGAUGCAGCCCAUGCAAUGUGUCCACACCAAGGAGCCGGUGCCGGACAAGCAAUGGAAGACGGAUAUAUAAUUGGAAGAGCCCUCCAGGAUUUCUUCCAUGGUUCUGGAACGCAAAGUUUCUUGGAACAGUCCCUCUCCCUCUACCACUCCAUCAGGUACUCACGAUCCCAGAGGGUUCAAACGACAUCUCGCGAGGCAGGGGAUCUGUACGAGAUGAAAGCGGAGAACGUCAAAGACCGGACCUACGACGAAGGCCUCCCAAUAGUCAAAUCCAUGAUUGAGGAUCGGAUGAGCUGGAUCUGGUCUGAGGAUAUUGAUAAAGUGUAUGAGCAGGCUCGGCAGGAGCAGCGGGCAUAUGCCUCACUCUAA